UCAUCAAACCAAGUCUUAGGUCUCUCCUUCAAGAUGUUCAAGGCGGUCGUCGUUGCUGUGAUCUGCUGCACCGCUUAUGCUGCGGGUAACCCCGCAGCGGGGGUGGAGUGGCGCUGGACCCCACGUCACCUCACCGUCUCCCCCAACGUGCACGCCGUGCCCUACAAGCAGGUCAUCGAUUCCUACGUCCCCAGAGUGUACACCCCCGGCACCCGACAGGUUGAGGGCUGCGGUCCGGUACCCGCUCAGGACCGCAUUGUGGGAGGCGAGGAGGCCGUGCCACACUCCUACCCCUGGAUGGUCGCCCUCUUCAUCGACGACAUUUACUUCUGCGGAGGCUCCAUCAUUGAUGACCAAUGGAUUCUGACAGCGGCGCACUGCAUGGACGGCGCACGAAGUGUUGAUGUUGUCGCCGGUGCCCACAACAUCCGGCAAAACGAACCAUCUCAGGUGACGCUAACAUCCACCGACUUCACGGUCCACGAAGACUGGGGUAGCAUCCUUAUCAGGAACGACGUUGCCAUCAUCCACCUGCCUGAGAAGCUAACCUGGUCGGCCGAAAUCGCGCCCGUGUGCCUGCCCGCCGCCAGCGCUCCCGAGCUCCAGGCCGGAGUUCUGGUCAACCCCUCUGGCUGGGGACGUCCCUCUGAUGCUCAAAGCUCCAUCAGCGACGUGCUGCGCCAGGUCGUCGUGCCGGUUGAGAGUAACGAAGUCUGUGGUACCUACUACGGGGCCUCAGUGACUCCUGACGUGAUCUGCAUCGACUCUACAGGAGGCAAGGGAACCUGCAAUGGUGACUCCGGCGGACCCCUGAACUACGUCGACGGCGGCAAGACCUACACCCGCGGCAUUGUAUCCUACGGCUCCAGCACCGGCUGUGAAACCGGCUACCCGGAUGCCUUCACCCGCGUCACCCACUACCUAGACUGGAUCUCUGAAAAAACUGGCAUCGCCAUCGACCAAUUGAAGCCAAUAUUAUAUAAGACUCAGUGCCAUAUCAGUAUAGCAACUUGCUUAUUGGCUCUCAACUUGAAGAUGUUCAUCAGGUCGGUCGUCGUUGCUUUCGCUUGCUGCGCAGCAGUGGCCGCGGGCAACCCCGCAGCGGGGGUGGAGUGGCGCUGGACCCCACGUCACCUCACCGUCUCCCCCAACGUGCACGCUGCGCCCUACAAGCAGGUCAUCGAGUCCUACGUCCCCAGAGGGUACACCCCCGGCACCCGACAGGUUGCGGGCUGCGGCCCCGUACCCGCUCAGGACCGCAUUGUGGGAGGCGAGGAGGCCGUGCCACACUCCUACCCCUGGAUGGUCGCCCUCUUCAUCGACGACAUGUACUUCUGCGGCGGCUCCAUCAUUGAUGACCAAUGGAUUCUGACAGCGGCGCACUGCAUGGACGGAGCUGCCAGUGUUGAGGUGGUCGCAGGAGCCCACAAUGUCCGACAGAACGAGCCCACACAGUUGACCUUCACGUCCACCGACUUCACUAUCCAUGAACAUUAUAACGAUGCAUUGAUCAGGGACGACAUUGCCGUUAUCCACCUACCCGAGCCGCUGGUUUGGUCAAGUUAUAUUGCCCCCGUGUGCCUGCCCGCCGCCAGCGCCCCGGAGCUCCAGGACGGAGUUCUGGUCAACCCCUCUGGCUGGGGACGUCCCUCUGAUACUCAAAGCACGAUCAGCGACGUGUUGCGCCAGGUCGUCGUGCCGGUUCUGAGCAACGAUGUGUGCGCGGACACUUACGGAGGAGCAUCGGUGACUCCAAACGUUAUCUGCAUCGACUCGACGGGAGGCAAGGGAACCUGUAUGGGUGACUCCGGUGGACCCAUGAACUAUGUGGACGGAGGCAAGACCUACACCCGCGGCAUUGUAUCCUACGGCUCCAGCACCGGUUGUGAAACCGGCUACCCGGAUGUCUUCACCCGCGUCACCCACUACCUAGACUGGAUCUCGGAAAAAACUGGCAUCGCCAUUGAUUCUGCGGGCAACCCCGCGGCGGGUGCGGAGUGGCGCUGGACCCCACGUCACCUCACCGUCUCCCCCAACGUGCACGCCGCGCCCUACAAGCAGGUCAUCGAGUCCUACGUCCCCAGAGUCUACACCCCCGGCACCAGACUGGUUUCUGGCUGCGGUGUCGUUCCUUUCAAAGACCGCAUCUCGGGAGGCCAGGAGGCAUGGCCGCACUCCUACCCCUGGAUGGUCGCCCUCUUCAUCGACGACGCUUACUUCUGCGGCGGCUCCAUCAUUGAUGACCAAUGGAUUCUGACAGCUGCGCACUGCAUGGACGGUGCUAGGAAAGUAGUGGUGGUCGCCGGUGCUCACAAUCUCCAGCAGAACGAGCCUUCCCAAGUGUCCAUGACUUCCAUGAAUUUCAUAAUCCACGAAAAUUAUGGCAGCAUAUUAGUCAGGAACGACAUCGCUGUCAUCCGCCUACCCGAGCCUCUCGUCUGGUCUGAUUAUAUCGCACCAGUGUGCUUGCCCUCUUUGAGCGCUCCCGAGCUUGUAGCUGGAACUGAAGUCAUCGUUACUGGCUGGGGCAGCAUUUCUGACGGUCAAAGCUCCACCAGCAACGUGCUGCUCCAGGUCGUUUUGCAGGUCCUGGACAACGCGGUCUGCCGCGACAAUUAUGGUCUCUUCGUGACUUCGAACGUCAUCUGUACCGACUCGACCGGCGACAAAGGACCUUGCGAUGGUGACUCCGGUGGACCAAUGAACUAUGUGGACGGAGGCCAGACCUACACCCGCGGCAUUGUAUCCUACGGCUCCAGCACCGGUUGCGAAACCGGAGUCCCGGUUGUUUACACCCGCGUCACCCACUACCUCGACUGGAUCUCUGAUAUAACUGGCAUCGCUGUUGAUUCUUGA